AGUAGGAUAUUGGCCGUUUCAAAAGAAUCUGCUAUCUAUAAGCAUAUUAAUGGCAGGUUUCUAAACGACCCUAUACACUAUCCAAAUCGGGCUCAACAGGCAUCAGGGUACCCUGAUAACGGCUAUUGCACUUCAAAAGAAUUGGAAGCAUGCCUAAUGCGAAAAAUGAACGACAUUGCCAUUAAACCAGCGUCGAUUUGCUCGGACAAUGAAAAAGCGUAUUUUGAAAAAUACAUCAAAGUCGACAUUAAAAAGUCCAUAAUGAUUGCCAUUGAAACUGAAGACCAGAAUACAAUUGCCUGGAAGAUUCAUCGAGCAUCUAGAAUUACAGCCAGCUCAUGCUAUUCGCUCUUCACAUAUAUUAAAAAUAAGUCCCCUAAUUGGGAUAAAAAAAUUGAGUCAUACUGGAGCAUCCGCAAUCUGAAUUUAAAGUCUACUAAAUAUGGGAAGGAAACCGAAUCCGCAGCAUUUGACUGCUAUCGGAGAAACCGUAAUCCUCUAAUAAAGCGAUGCGGCCUGGUAAUUCAUCCCACAGAAAGCUGGAUUGGAGGAUCUCUAGAUGGACUAGAUCCAGAAUCUGGCCUAUUACUGGAAAUCAAAUGUCCUGGUACAGCUGAAAUGGUAUUGCAUGAUAUCCUCAAUUCGGCAAACGUGACUACAUAUGCCAAGCAUGAGGAAAGCGGCGAGAUCAUACUGGAUUCUAAAUUGUUCUACGUGUGA